AUGUUUUGGGUGGGGUUUGAUUUGUCGCCCCACCCCACACCGUCACGUCUUCCCGCCUUAUCCCUUGUCUUUCUCUUUUUAUUUACCCCCCUCUCUGACACUUUUUCUGUCCCGACAUCAAUAUCUUUUUUUCUCGCUUUACAAUUCUUUAUUUUGACACCCCACCCACCGUCAGCUGAAAUUUCCUUUCAUUCUUUACAGACUCUCAAAUUUGCAUUGUUUUCUUCCUUUCUCUCCUUUUCUUCUCUCUCUCUCUCUCUCUCUCUUCCUCUCUCUUUACACUCCUUUGCUUCUUUUUCAUUUCUUUCUUUUCACCUUUUUAUUUUCUCGUCUUUCUUGUGUGAUACUUACCACUUUAUAAUAUCUCACCUUUCUUGGCCCGACCCCCCUCCUAAUUCGUCUAUAACGCCCCUUCGCCAGUUCCAUCGUCGCCUCUUUCACCUUUUUAACGCCCCUUUCCUUUUUAAAGCACACUCCCCACUUUGUAUGUAUUUUUCCUCCCUUUCGCUUCUCCCUCCCUCCACGAAUAACUCAUUUUCGAGGUAUAUCUUAAGUGCCCACCUUCGGAAGCACCCCCCCACCACCACCACCUAUCAGACGCAGUUAUCCUCCCUGUUUCUCACCCUUCCCGCCACCACAUUUUAA